AUGGCCUCCGACAGUAUCCAGGAAGUUGACUCCAAUUUGAUCCAAUCUAACUACGAUAACGUGGUUUACACCUUUGAUGAGCUGAAUCUGAAGCCAGAGAUCAUCAGAGGUAUUUUCGCUUACGGUUACGAACAGCCUUCUGCUAUCCAGCAAAGAGCUAUCUUGCCAAUCACUGAAGGAAGAGACGUUCUCGCACAAGCCCAGUCCGGUACCGGUAAGACUGCUACCUUCACCAUUUCCGCAUUGCAAAGAAUCGAUGAGAAGCUGAAGAAAACACAGGCAUUGAUUCUUGCCCCAACCAGAGAAUUGGCCCUCCAAAUCCAAAAGGUUGUUUUGGCCAUUGGUAUGCACUUAGACCUGACUGUCCACGCUUCUAUUGGUGGUAAGGCUGUCCAAGAGGAUAUCGAAGCUUUGAGAAACGGUGCCCAGAUCGUUGUUGGUACCCCAGGUAGAGUUCACGACAUGAUCGAGAGAGGUUAUUUCAAGACUGAUGCCAUCAAGAUGUUCAUCAUGGAUGAGGCUGAUGAGAUGUUGUCCACCGGUUUCAAAGAGCAAAUCUACAACAUCUUCCGUUUCUUGCCAACCAGCACCCAAGUUGUGUUGCUCUCUGCUACUAUGCCUCAAGAUGUUUUGGAAGUUACCUCCAUGUUCAUGAGAAACCCUGUCAGAAUCCUCGUCAAGAAGGACGAGUUGACUUUGGAAGGUAUCAAGCAGUUCUUCAUCGAUGUUGAUGAAGAGCAAUACAAAUUCGACUGUCUGUGUGACCUGUACGACUCUAUCUCCGUCACCCAAGCCGUCAUCUUCUGUAACACCAGAAGAAAGGUUGAGAUCUUGACUCAACAGUUGACCGAAAACAACUUCACUGUGUCUGCUAUCCACUCCGACUUGAGUCAACAGGACAGAGACACCAUUAUGAACGAGUUCAGAACCGGUUCUUCCAGAAUCUUGAUCUCCACCGACUUGUUGGCCAGAGGUAUCGAUGUCCAACAGGUUUCGUUGGUUAUCAACUACGACUUGCCAUCCAACAAAGAAAACUACAUCCACAGAAUCGGUAGAGGUGGUAGAUUUGGUAGAAAGGGUGUGGCCAUCAACUUGGUCACCAGAGAGGACACCGAAAUGCUCAGAGAAAUCGAGAAGUUCUACUCCACUCAAAUCGUUGAGAUGCCUUCCAGCAUUAGCGACCUGUUCGACUGA